ACAGGUGUGUGCUCACCUGUGGGAAGAUAAUGUAGAACCGCAUGGACUUUCACUUUGAGGGGAUGGGAGCUGCAAUGGAGUUCUGAGCAGAGGCCAAGUGAGACCGACCUGACUGACUGGUGUGCACAGGAUCCCUGUGGCAUGUCCGGGCACAGGGAGGGCAGCGAGGAGCUGCCGCACUAGUCCAGGCCCAGCCCAUGGCUGGCGACUUCUCCCCAUCACCCGCGCUCUGGGCCUAAGGCGGCGGCUAAGGGGAUUUGCUACCCCCGAGUUCCCACUGCCCAGAGCACAGAGGCCUUCUCUAAAUGGUGUGAAGCGACUUGUAGCUCCCAUGUACUAAGCUCUGAUUCUGUUAAGCCCGGAGCUGGCCACUUAACACACAAUCUUAGAAAAUCCUCGGGACGACUAUCAGUUGAAACAAUCCCUACUUCAUAGCUGAAGAUCGUGAGGCUCCAAGGGACUGCUCCUCGCCACGUGGUGAAGCUUACUCAGCGCGCAUGCGCCCAGCCUUGUUUAAAGCGCCGGCGGCCACGGAUCCUCGCUCCAGUAGGAAGAGGCGAGCUCUUGGUUUCGCUCUCGACGCCAGCCUAAAAGAUGCUGAGUCCGGCAGCCGCCCUUGAGCCAGAGCCUGCGAGCGCCCCAGUCCCGGACAACGUCCCCGUGGGCACGAGCGCCUCCCCAGGACCCCCGGAAAGGCCCCCGGGACGGUGCGCGCCGCCGGGGCUGGAGGAGGCUCUGAGCGCCCUGGGGCUGCAGGGAGAACGCGAGUACGCGGGGGACAUCUUCGCCGAGGUCAUGGUGUGCCCUGCGCUGCCCCAGAUGGCCCUGCCCCGCACCGUGACCCCAGAGAUGCGAGCACUAGUGGUGGACUGGCUGGUCCAGGUGCACGAGUACCUGGGCCUGGCGGGGGACACGCUCUACCUGGCUGUGCACCUGCUCGAUUCCUACCUGCGCUGCAGCCGAGUGCGCCUACACCGCCUGCAGCUGCUGGGCGUGGCCUGCCUGUUCGUGGCGUGCAAAAUGGAAGAGUGCGUGCUUCCCGAGCCCGCCUCCCUCUGCCUCCUGGGUGCUGGCUCCUUCUCCCAGGCCGAGCUGCUGCGAGCCGAGCGCCGCAUCCUGAGCCGCUUGGAUUUCCGACUGCACCACCCGGGUCCACUCCUCUGCCUGGAGCUACUGGCUGCUCUGGCAGGGAGCAACCCCCAGGUGAUGCUCCUUGCCGCCUACUUCCUGGAACUGUCUCUGCUGGAGGUCGAGGCCGCUGGGUGGGAGCCCAGUCGCUGCGCAGCGGCGGCGCUGAGCCUGGCGCGCCGUGUGCUCCACGUGGCGGGCUCUGGGUUGGAGCCGGCACUUUACAGCCCCGCGGAGUUGGGCCCGCUGGAGCCGUGCAUGGCCCGCGCGGUGCUCCGAGGCCCCGCACCCGGCCGUGCUGCCAUCUUCCUCAAGUAUGCGAGGCCCCAGCGUCGGGGCACCAGCCUCUUUGCCGCCCGCCUGCUCCGCUGUCCCCAGCCGGGGCCCCCCUGAGCCCCGACACCCCAUCAAAAAAGUCUCAGUGUGUGUCCGUUUCCCACUUCAA